UGCGCACUGUUUACAAUCUGCAUUGGCAAAUUUUUCCCUGAUUUGAGUCUAAAGUAUCCUAAUCGGACCAUUGAUCUCUUCAUUCAAUCAGCACAAGCUCCGUAUGUUUCUAUCGAUGAAAAAGGCAUUCAGAUUUAUGCAGAUUCCACGAUUGAUCUUUAUUUGUCGCCAUGGAAGCAGCAAACAGGCAGGCUGGCUCGACUUGGUGGAGUUUUUUUUUUUUACGUUGAUGAAUUACCCGUGCACAGUGGACGAUCCGGCUACUUUUUCUUACCGUUCCUAGAAUUUUUGGAGAAAAUUAUGGCAGAAUCUGUGAAAAUCAUCGGAGAAGCAGCACUAAAAGUUGGUAUCCCGAUGCCAUUGCUUGAUAACGUAACU